GAUGGAUGAACAUGAUUUUGAAAUGUUAAAGGUGGAAAAUUCUGUGAUUGUUGAACAGAUUUCGCAACACAUCAAUGGGUGGAAUGUACAGGCCAGGUUCAGGGGGAUAUGGUGAUAAAUAUGAUUAUGAUCGUUAUGAAGGUCGAUAUGGAAGCAGAGAUGAAGAUCAGAGUGGUUAUGGUUAUGGAAGAGAGAGGGAAUAUGGAUAUAGGGAUGACGAUCGGUAUGGUAGAUAUGGAGAUCGUUAUGAAAGAGAUUAUGAAGAUCGCUCCAGCAGAGAUGGUUACAGGGAUGAUAACUAUAGGGGUAGAAAUAGAGAUGAUGAGGAUUUCCAGUAUGGCUCAAGAAGUAGGAGCUCUGAUAGAGACCAUGCUUAUGAUGAUGAUGGUCAAUCAUCAGCUCGGGGCAGUGGUGUUAGAGCUGAGGAUCAAUCUCAGGAUGGAAGCCAGCAUGAGCGGAAGUUCUCUGAACAAAAUAUUGGUGUUCCACCUAGUUAUGAAGAAGCAAUGAGUGAGUCCAGGAGUCCCAUUCACAGUGAAAGGAAUGGAGAAACUUCAGUGGCAGCUGCUCCUGGAGCAGUUUCACCUGCAAGCAAUAAUCCAAACCAUGCAACCCUUGCCAUGGACAAUUCUAUUUCUCCUGUUAAGGAAUCAGAUGCUUUUGAUGAAUUUGAUCCCCGUAGUUCUACUUCAGUUACUGCUACAGCUUCUUCUGCUGCAACAGCUGCAGCUUCUUUUGCUGCAACAGCUGCCCCCACGGCAUCAACUACUGCUGAAUUUGACUUACUCGGCUCUCUUUCAGAUUCAUUUUCAUCAAAUGCAUUGGCCAUUGUGCCAACUUCUAGUACUGGUGAAAUUGAUGCCCAUGCCAAUCCUGCUGCAGUACCCAGAGUCAACGCUAGUCAAUCAGCAACCAGUGUUGCUAAUCAGCCUUUUGAAGAUCCAUUUGGUGAUGGUCCUUUUAGAGCUACCCCGUCAAUGGACACUGCCAUAGCUCAAGAACAAGCUUCCAGUGCUGUGCCUUCUUUCCAGCCUACCAUGAAUCAAAAUGGAGAAACAACUCAUCCAGCUGCUAUAAAUGCAGAUGUGACAAACUUCAAAUUCGGAGACUCAUUUUCUGCCAUUACUUAUUCUGCAUCUAGCAUUUCUGGUGUCCAGCCUCCCUCAACAAACUCUCAGUUUUUGCCUCAAGAACUGUCAACUCCAAACCAGGAAACUGAUAUUUUGGCAGACAUACUUCCCCCUUCUGGGCCUUCACAUGCUGUAGCUUCACAGACUGCCUUUUCAGCUCCAACCAACCAACCAGCACAACCAGGUAGCAAUAUGUAUGGACAACCACCACUGCCAGCUUCAAAUAUUUAUGGCCAACCAGCACUUCCAGGUAACGCUACGUAUGCUCAGCCUAUUCAGCCGAGUGCUAGUUCGUUGUACGGUCAGUCAGCUCAACCAACUGCAAAUUCACACAGCCAACCUUUACAGCCAAGUGCAAAUGCAUAUGUCCAGCAACCACACCCAAGUGCAAAUGCAUAUGGCCAACUGGCACACCAGAGUGGUAAUCCUUAUGGCCAACUGCCACAGCCAAGUUCUAAUCCCUAUGGUCAACAGGCACAGCCUAGUGCUAAUCCAUAUGGAAGCUUUAACCCACAGUCUGGGUCUAUGGCUCCCUUUGCCUCAAAAGUUGCCCCUCAACUUUCUUCAGGACUUUCUGCAGAUAGUAGUGGGAGCUUUUCUCAUGGAGUUUCUACAGCUCCUGUCAAUCCACAGAUACCUUCGCAACCUCAAUUGCUGGCUGGACCAGCUUCACAGCUUAGUGAUGGAAAUUUUCCUUCUCAACAAGGUUCUGCAUCCCCAGUUGUGUCACAGAAUGGCCCUCAAGCUACAAAUAUACCAACUGCCCAACAAAAUGAUGUCCUGGGUAACUUGUUUUCACAACCAGGACCAACUUCAGUGGUACCACAGUCAGUUGCUCCAUCAUCAUCUGGAUCACUUGCUGUUGUUCCACAAGCAUCAAAAGAGAAAUUUGAGCCCAAGUCUUCUGUUUGGGCUGAUACACUGAGCAGGGGGCUGGUCAACCUGAACAUAUCUGGACCUAAAAUAAAUCCAUUGGCGGACAUUGGAAUUGACUUCGAUGCAAUUAAUCGGAAAGAAAAGAGGAUGGAAAAACCUGUAGCAACUCCAGUAACAUCUACUGUAACCAUGGGCAAGGCUAUGGGAUCUGGAUCUGGAAUGGGCCGUGCUGGUGCUAGUGCUCUCAGGCCUCCACCAAAUCCUAUGAUGGGUUCUGGCAUGGGCAUGGGCAUGGGAAUGGGAAUGGGUGGUGGCCCUGGUGGAGGCAUGGGCAUGGGAGGCUAUGGUGGUAUGAAUCAACAUGUGGGCAUGGGAAUGGGGAUGAACAUGGGCAUGAAUACAGGAAUGGGGAUGAAUAUGGGAAUGGGACAAGGGGUACACAUGCAACCACAAACUGGGAUGCCUGCUAGGUCGACCAUGCCUGGAAAUUAUAACCCUAUGAUGGGUUCAGGUGGUUAUUUUCCUCAACAGCCGUAUGGUGGUGGCUAUCAAUGAAAUCAAUCAAGUCACAUUCCUAAAUAGGUGACAAUGCAUUAUACAUGUUGCAAAAGGAAGAUUGGCAUGGUGAAACAGGCCUCACUAUUAAAUUCCUGGAUGCAGAAGCUUGUAUUUUGGUGUUAAUGGUAGAUUUUCUUCUGCAAGUGACCUUAGAUGCUCUAUCCCUCAUUUCAUUUCUCUCGGUUUAAACCUUAUUGUAUUCUUCAGGUCGCAGUCUUGUGAUUCCUUGCUGGUUUGAGCUGUUGUGAAAUUGUUUUGUGGAGAGGAUGACCUUACUCAGGUUGCCUCCUGUUUUCUUCCAUAUAUAUGAUGAUUUUUGGUUUACAUUUAUGAAGAUUUGUGGUUUGCCUGGCUACUCAUUGAACAAUAAAUAUAAUCAUUCAUU